CUCCCUCCCCCGCAGCCUUGCUUUGCAUCCAGGAGGGAGCGGCUGGGAAGAGAAGGAAGGAAGAAGAGGAAGAGAAGGAAGGAAGAAAAGAAAGAAAGAGAGACGCGUGCGCCAUGGCCAGCCUGACCGUCUACAGCACCUCGGUCACUGGCUCCAGGGAGAUCAAGUCCCAGCAGAGCGAAGUGACCCGGAUCCUGGACGGGAAGAACAUCAAGUACAACCUGGUGGACAUCUCCCAGGACAACGCCUUGCGGGAAGAGAUGCGGGCCAAGUCGGGGGACCCCAAAGCCAUCCCGCCCCAGAUCUUCAAUGGGGACAGCUACUGCGGGGACUACGAACUCUUUGUGGAAGCCGUGGAACAGAACACCCUGAAGGAAUUCCUCAAGUUAGCCUGAGCAUGCCUCUUCCCAACCCUGUCCUUUUCCUCUCUCUUCCAAUCCUUUUUACCCCGACUUGUUCCAAAUGGAUCAUCUCAUUGCCUCCCACUCCCCAAACCAUCGGCCACCCUCUCCCAACCCUCUGUGACCAAACCCCUCCACAGUUGCCUCUGAAUUCUGUUGCCUGCUUUACUCUCUAUUCUUAAGACUCUUCACCUUCCUCUGAAGGCAGCCGGGCCUUGUGCCUCUGUGGACAGAGAAAUCUUCCAGUCAAGGACAUGGGAAAAAAACCAAAAUCCUUUCUCACGCUGAACCUGCCCUUGAGAAGAAAAGGGUGGGCUGCGGCUGCUUUUUUGUCUUAUCACCAAUGGCCCUCGAUGCGCAAAGGCUGGCUUAGGCAUCUCCCUUGUUGUUCUAACCCAGGAAACAAGAUUAUUUUUGUGAAAUAGCAAUGGCAAAAGCACCGCACAAGGCUGUGUAUCAAGGUUUCAUUUUUGCCCAGUGAGAUGGGGUGGGCUUGUGUACAUAUCUGUCUUAAAGCGACUUCCGUGCCGCUCGGGCUCUCUCAGGAAAGCCAUUUCCCAAAGGCUGGGAAGAGCAGAUUUUAUAUUCCACAAGUGCGUUCUCUCCCCGUCAUAGGGAAAAAACCCACCUGCCUUUGGACAGGUAAAGGAGUGAGACGCACACAAUCCGAAUCUGCUCUCGCACCAGCUCUUUCCUGCUUUCCUUGACGGAGUCGGCCUUUUGCAAACAUGGACCAAGUGCAUUUUGUUUGUGUUUUUGUUUUGGUCUUGCUCAAAGCAAUUUGUAAACAGCCAUCUCCUCUGAGAUGCUAUUAAAUGUUGCUAAAAAGCUC